CCUCGAGCUACCCUUCGCUCCUUUCCAGACUUUCUGCUCACUUAACGCGUCUAUCUUCAUUGCAAUGGAGUCCGGAGAAUGGUUCCCAGCUGCACCAGGCUCUGCAAAGGGCCAACAAAUCACUUUUAUUGCCAUGUCCACUGUCGACGACCUCUCUUACUCCCCAUCGGAGGGUCAAAAGAACCGUGACGCUGCCCAAAUUGCAGCCACUGGUCGUCGCAGCUGGAAGACUUUGAAAGGCAAGCCAGAAGCAGUCUGGCCACCAGCGUUGGAGGGUGCUUUAAUCGAAGCGUUGGAAGAGUAUCGCAAAAUAGAAACUCGACCAACCACGAGCAAGCAUGGCGUUCGUUAUCCCAUGCGCAAUCGAUUCAUCUCGGAUUAUAUAUUCGAGAAGACUGGCAAACUUCGCACUGCAAAACAGGUUGGUAGCCGACUCCAGCAGUUGCGCGAUACCUGCAAGGAUCCGAAGCUCUAUCAGCUCCUGGGCAAGGUACCCGCUCCAGAGUGUAAGACGGAGGCCUCACCCACGCCCUCCCUGUCGGCUCGCGAGCUGAGUUCCAGUCCCUCGCUUUCCGAUGACAAGGUUGUCGUCUAUGUGCAAAUCGAAUUGCCCGGUGAAAGGCACUUUGGGAGCGGCUACCCUGUGCCACGCCUCCAGUUCACUCCAAACGACAUGAACACCCCGAUCUCUCUCUAUCUUAGCCCCAUCCACCAGCACUCGAGCAUCUCCUCGUCCGGCAGACAUUCCCCAGCUCUCGCGUUCUUUUCGAAUGCGAUCGAGCUCUUCUCGCCUUGGCCACUGGUUCAGGAGACGUCGUGGUCAGUGUACAAGGAGUCGAACCUGAUCCAUAGGCACACCAGCGUUCUCCGUAUCGAGUCGCCAUCGUCACACAUUACCACGUCCGGCGGUCAGGUUUAUUCUUGCCACCUCGUUCCUGACUUUUGGCAAUCACUCUGUGAACGGGAAGAUCCCAAUCACAUCACCGUUGUCCAAGUCCUUCGGUCGUACAUUACGUCGCGCGAUUCAAACUCGCUUGCCAGUGCGAUUACGAUGGCUCCUAGCUCCACUGCCAAAGAAGUUUCCAUCGUCUACCACUUCAACGUGCCGACCGACCAUGGGUCGAAGUUUAGACCUACGACCGCCACCGAGCUCCACCGACCCGUUCCCAUUCAUCCCUCUUCCUCACACCUUCCCAGAUCCCAUGAUUCCCCUCAUUCAUCGUCUCCCUACCCCGAAUCGAGCAUGGGGAACCAACACUCGGGCUACUGGCCUCCACACUCCGGCUCGUAUACUCUCCAGAGUAAUCGGUCGUUGGAAUAUGCAGCCUCGACAUCAGGCUUGCAUUGGCAGACCGGGUUCAGUCAAUCUCCGUCGGUGAGCGGAUACUCCGCUCAUAGGUCUCGGAUGCAAGACGACUUUGCUGGUGUUCCGGGGUACGCAGGACCGAGGUAUGAGAUGAACGGGGAUGGUGGCCAUGCUGCUUCAUUAUAUGCAGAACCAAGAACUGCGGCAUGGGGCCUCAACUUGGGCCACUCGAACGAUUUUGCCCGUCGCGAGACAAUGAUGGCAUAUUCGUUGAGCGGGUCUUCAUGCUAUUGA